CGGAACCAAUGCCCUUCCAUCCACCUUCUUCAACACCUUCAUUGGAUCAUGUUUUCCAGGUGGUUGUGAUGAGAGUUUCCCUUCAUUGCCAAGGUUGUGCUGGUAAAGUGAAGAAACACUUAUCUAAAAUGGAAGGAGUGACAUCAUUCAGCAUAGACCUAGAGACCAAAAGGGUGACAGUGAUGGGACACGUCUCACCAUCAGGAGUGCUUGAGAGUAUAUCAAAGGUGAAGAAAGCAGAGUUAUGGAGCUGCUGAAUCGACUUAAUUAAAAUGGUAGGAGAGGUCACAUGGUGCCAAUCAGAAGCAAAAUGAAGAUGCUUUGUAUUUAUAUUCUCUUUAGGCAACUUGUUUGGUUGUGUAGAAAAUUAGGAGUGGGUGGAAAUGUGAUCAUGUGCUUUGGAGCAGUAUUGAUGGUGAUGUGUGAGAGGGUUGACAGCAACAUCCCCCAUCUUUCUAUCUCUAUUUCCAUGGUUAAGGGCACUGUGAUGUUAUAAAUGCUUUCAAUUGGAUCUACUUUUCAAGGAGGGUAAUCAAUGUUUUUUUCUUUUCUUUUCUUUUUUA